GCAGGCGGGCCGGUGCCGGCAGACGGGCGCAUCGCGGGACGCGGCGGCGGCGGAGCCCCGAGUCCCCCCAAAGCGGCUCCCCCCCGGACUCCGCGCCUCGCACCCGGCCCCGCAGGGAGCGGCCGGCCCCCCGCGCCACCAUUGCCUCGCACGGCAAGGAGGACCUGCUCGCCGUCGCCGCCCGGCUGUGGCAGCGGAGGAGGCGGCUUCUGGCCGCCGCCGGGCUCGCCCUGGCCAUGGCCGUCGCCCUGCUCGUCGCCGUGCCCCUGCUGCUGCUGCAGGCGCCCGCCGAGAGCGGCGCCCACUACGAGAUGAUGGGCACCUGCCGCAUGAUCUGUGACCCGUACAGCGGCGGCCGGCCGCCCGGGCCCGGGAGCACCGCCGCCGUGGAGGCUCUGCAGGACCUGGGCGCCAACCCCCCGCCGCCUUUCGUCCAGGGACCCAAGGGAGAGCCGGGCCGGCCGGGCAAGCCGGGACCCCGCGGACCCCCUGGGGAGCCGGGUCCGCCGGGUCCGCGGGGCCCACCGGGGGAGCGGGGGGACGCGGGGAAGCCGGGGCUGCCCGGGCUGGCGCUGGCGGGCGCGGGCGGCGGCGGUAGCGGCGGCGGGGCGGCGGCGGGCGGCGAGGCGGCGGGCGGGCUGAGUGCCGCCUUCAGCGGGCCGCGCAUCGCCUUCUACGUGGGGCUGAAGAGCCCUCACGAGGGCUACGAGGUCCUCAAGUUCGACGACGUGGUGACCAACCUGGGCAACCACUACGACCCGGCCAGCGGCAAGUUCACCUGCCAGGUGCGCGGCAUCUACUUCUUCACCUACCACAUCCUCAUGCGCGGCGGCGACGGCACCAGCAUGUGGGCUGACCUCUGCAAGAACGGGCAGGUACGGGCCAGCGCCAUCGCACAAGACGCGGACCAGAACUACGACUAUGCCAGCAACAGCGUGGUGCUGCACCUGGACUCCGGCGACGAGGUGUAUGUCAAGCUGGACGGAGGCAAAGCGCACGGAGGCAACAACAAUAAGUACAGCACUUUCUCUGGCUUUCUUUUAUACCCUGAUUAACACAAAACGAGCGACGUGACACAACUGACCCCACCAUCGAUGUGUGUGGGGCUGGUUGGCAUUUCUGUACCCCACCGUGCCACAGUUCCUGCUGGUGUCCGCUGUCUCCGCAGGUCACUUUAGCUUCAUUAUCAGUUUGUAUGUUUGUUUGCUUCUUCUUUUUUUUUUUUUUUUUUUUUUUUUACCCCAGGGAAAAUGAAAUAGAAGCGAAACAAAGCGAUCCUUACUCUCCCUCAUUUGCUCUGAACCCUCCCCUCCCUUUGUCAGCCUCAGUGUUUUAUGUGUCACACGAGGAACUUGGCAGCUUGAAACUCUUGAGUGGGUUCCUGGGGGCCAUAAGAGAGCCCUGAGUUCAGACUGUGCCGCACAAGGAAUUGGAACCAGUCAUGUUUUUUUGUCAAUGGGUAUUAAUUAUAGUGAUGAGUUUUCAGAUCAACUGUUCUUGAAGUGGGAUUGAACCGUAACUGUUUUUUCCUCUGCUGCUUUGUUUGUAUGGGGUCAAGUGUAAACUUAACUUUUCUGUGCAAUGCAAUGCUUGUGUGAAUGAUGAUGUCAUUAACGUCAAACCUGUUUCUGUCUGCAAAAGAAUUCAGUCGUUGACCACAAUCACCAAAAUAUCACAUUAAAUUAUGUUUUUAGACAAUA